CCGCAGAAAGCGAAAGUGGUGGCCGGAGCUAGCCGGAGCUAGUGGGAGCCAAGCCGGCGAGCUGGACUGAGGCAGGAGCGGGAGCGGGAGCGGGAGCAGGAGCAGGAGCAGGAGCAGACGCAGACGCAGGGCCAGGAGCAGGAGCAGGAGCAGAGACAGAGGCAGAGGCAGGGGCAGAAGCUGCUGCCCGCCGAGCGGGAGGGGAUGCUGAGCGCCCAGGAGCCUACGCCCUCAGGGGUCCCGGCCCCCGGGACCCUGGAGCCCCCUCCGCCACGCAGCCCUCGGGGCACGGCCCUGGCCCCUGCCAAGCCCCUCACCUCCUUCCUUAUCCAGGACAUUUUAUGGGACGGGCGGGAGAGGCGCAGCGUCGCCAAGCUCAGUCCAAGUCCCGGGCCCGAGCCGGAGCCCGAGCCCGCGCCGCAGCUGGAGGCCGAAUCUGUCUCCUUAUCCGGGUCCGAGAGCGGCCCGGCGCCCCAGGACGAGCAGCCGGCGAGGCCCGCGGAGGCUGAUCGGAGCACCGAGCCGGGCUCCUCUCCCUCGGGGGCAGAGCCAGAUGCACACUUUGAGACCUGUCUGUUGGACUGUGCAAACCCUGCCAGUGCUGCCUCCCCCAAAGCCCUGAAGCCACCCAAGCGGUCCCGGGCUGCCUUCUCCCACACCCAGGUUAUUGAGCUGGAGAGGAAGUUUAGCCACCAGAAGUACCUGUCGGCCCCCGAGCGGGCCCAUCUGGCCAAGAAUCUCAAGCUCACCGAGACCCAGGUCAAAAUCUGGUUCCAGAACAGACGCUAUAAGACCAAGAGAAAGCAGCUGACCUCUGACCUGGGAGACCUGGAUAAGCACUCCCCCCUGCCCAGCUUAAAAGAAGAGAACUUCUCUGGAGCCUCUCUGAUCUCCAUGUAUAACAGCUACCCCUAUUAUCCUUACCUCUAUUGCUGGGGAGGUUGGAGUCCAGCUUUCUGGUAACCCUGGCUAAUGACUGGGGCCCAACCCAUAGCUGCUGCUUCCACUUUGUUCUCUGAAAGCAAAAAGGGGCCAGAAUUAGGGAGAUCGGGAGAAGAGAAAGGGGGGGGGGGCUAUCCACCCUGCCAAAGGCUUCGAGUGGCAAUCGAGUCCCUGUUUCUUGACUGAUGGGUUCACUAAAUCUGUGACCCAGCAUAAUAUUUAAUAUUUAAGUGGCACUCAGGGCCAGCCAAGGCACCGAAUGAGAGCAUCCCUCUCAUCCCAGUGAUGUUGCAGAGGAAGAUUCUUGUUCGGAGUGGGGCUGGAUUAGCUGGCUUCUCAGGUGCCCCCAGUCAGCCCUGAAAUCCUGAAUCCUGAAGUGGAUCUGACUCCCUCUCCACUCCCAGUUUAACUAUCUUUGCUUUGAACUACCUUUCUUUGAAAAAAAAAAAGUUUGAGCUCCAGGCUCUCUUCCCAGUGCCUUUCUGCUUUGUUUUAUGAGCUGUCAGCAUCUCUGCUUCCGGGAGGAUCUGUUCUUUUCCUUCAGCUCAGUCACCUGUGUAAACGGAGCAUCUCAUGAGAAGCUAAAGCCAGAACGGGAGCAAAAACAGUGCCAAGAACGGGGCUUAGGACAGGGUCGACACUGUAGAUCUAACCUACGGUAGGAGGCGGUGGACCUCCCUGGACCUGGGAACAUGCCUGACGUUCUCUUUGUUCCUCCCCACCCCCAGCUCCCCCAGUAAAAUGGCAGUUCCUUGAGGGCAGGUACCAUUUCAUUUUCUGCCUCUGUAGCUCCGGUAUCUAGCUAGCACAGUGCCUUGCACACAGUAGGUGUUUAAUAAAUGUUUGUCGCAAUGUACUUGGAGGGCAAGGUCCGCUCCCGGAACUGAACAGGCAAAGCAGGGUGUUAGUUUCUUAAUUUUGUAUCUAGGAAGGAGGUGAAAGUUUUGCAUUAAAAAAUUGUUGAAAGAGAAAACAAAGGUGAACUCCAAGGAUCCCUAAAGCAAUUCCAAACUUUUAUUUUGUCAUGGACAAUCUGGUAAAACUUAUAAAAGUCCUCAAAAUCAUACUGUAAAAUGAUUGAAGAUCUGAAAUUUCAAUUAGAAGCUAGCGAAAAUAAAGAUGGAUUUUUGUCUCAUAAUCAUCCAAGUUCCCGGAUCCUCUAGAAUCAAUCUAUAGAUCUUUGGAGGGAGGGAAGGGCCAGGUUAAGAACUCUGGAUCCUGAGGGUAUCAAAUCUUAGGAUGACACCGUUUCAAACCAUCUGUCUAAACAACCAUGGCUCAAGGCUGAAGGUGUGAGCAAUGACAAAGUAGUCCUUAUAUUUCUGGUGGGGUGAUGGUUAAUAUGUAGGGAUGAGGGAGAGGGAAAGAGAAAAAGUCCUUUCUUUUCAAGCAUCAUGAAGCAGUGAAAAUUUCACUGAAUCAGGAACCAGAAAAUCGAGGUUUCAUUCUUAGUUUUAGCUUCCCACUUACUAAUCAUGCCAUUUAACCUUUCUGAACCUCAGUUUCCCCAUCUGUAAAGACCUGCCCCAACCUAUCUCACAGUGGUUUUUCUUUCUUUCUUUCUUUCUUUCUUUCUUUUUUUUUUUUUUGAGAAUCAAAUGAAACUGAGUUGGUGAAACAAACAUUUCUUUGUAAUCCAAAGUGUUAGAUAAAGGUAAGAUGGUUUUAUUAUUAAGGAUUUAAGGAGCUAUCGAUGGCAUUUUCCCUUGGGCACCUAGGGCUUCUGCCUGAGCCUUAGAGUGAAGCUUUCAGCUGUCCCACAGGUUUCUAUCUCCUGCCAAAGUUUUAUUUUGACAAGAGCCUUCACCCUCUACAGAGCCCCCUCCAGAAGCCAUACUUUCAGCUUGGCUGAGGAUUCUUAUUUCCUUUCUGAGAGGUCUUGGUCUUGAUGCUUGCCUGCAAAAUAAAACAAAAAUGAUGGGUGAAUUAAAGAGCUGAGAGGGUUGACAUGCAUGUCUAAACAGUAGAAGGGAAAAAAUCGGUUCCUUAAAAUGAGAUACUAAAUUCCAAAUCUUAUCAAAGGAACCAUAUUGAGUAAGGAAAGUCAUUUUAGCAGGUCCAGACAGUAGGUGAUACGACUUUGCAUCACUAUAGCUCAAGGCUUAGUGGAUCCUUUCUCAGAGAUUCUUCACAUGAAGAGGAAUAGGAAGUUGCAGCUGAAUAGCCAAAGAAUAAAGUUCCUGGGCUAUGGUCUGAUAUCAGUGAGGUAGCAAGCGAGAGAACUAAGGGUCACAGUGUGAGGAAAUCUGAUAACAAGAGGGCUGAGAAGUAACCCGAGUCCCCCUUUAACUCACCAAGCAAGGUGAAGGGAAGAAUGGGGGUUUGCUAAGGACACAGAGAACAGCUCUGACAUUGGACAGUCUUUGUAAAGUCCAUCAAUGAAGAGU